UUUAGUUGCGAUCACAUGAAAAAUCUGCACAAUUAAAGGUCCGCAAUACGUUAGUAAAAGUGAUUGUCAAAAUGCAAUUCGUACCCAAUAUUCUGCUGACGAUAGUUUUACUUCAAGUGCGGACAUUUUACGCAGCAGACUUGUUGGAUAUUCCGGAGACGAACAUAUGGAAAUACGAAGAAUCAGAUCCUACGGAUAAUGCCGCUCAGAUUUUAGCGACAUUGUGUGAAAAUUAUCAUCUCUUCUUUCGAAACACAAAACUCCCGUGUGAAGAAAUCAUUCUGGAACCUGUUCCGUUGGAAUUUAAUGAACAAAUAAUUGUGAAGCGCGAUGUCGAGGAUGACGCAGUGGAGGGUUCCGGAGAAGAGAAUGAUGAGGAGCCUCCGCAUCCCACAAUUUCACCGAACCUGGACCCAACCGACCAGAAAGAGUUACACCCUGAAAUUGAACCAUAUUUAAAUCCUAAAGAAAACGAUGCUACAAAAAAUGACGAUAAACAACCACAACCUGAAAUUCAGCCCUAUGCUAACAAUAGCGACGUUACAAAAGCAGAUGAGAAACAGGUAUAUCCUGAGCCAUCUGGAGAAGAAAAGCUUCUGCCGAUAGACGGUGAAGCAUCUGAAAGUGUAAAAACCACCCAAUUGCCAGUUGUGGAAACCAGCACAGUUAUCCUUGCUCCAUUGGUGCAUAAUGCUGAAAGUACUCAACAAGAAGACCAGACUACGAUUCCAACUAGUGUAGAGGUUAAAUCCGUUACGAACGAACCCAUUUUACCAACCACUACAGGCGCAGAAAAGUUGACAAGUUUUAGCCCGGAGGAGAAACAAGAUGAAAAAAAGGAACAGGGCGCGUCUCAAAAUUUAGACGGAAAAGGCGACAAUGCGAAAGAUGUUGAUAAUAAAGAAAAGGGAGACCCAGCAUUACCUCUAGAUUUAGACGGUGUAGGCACCGACAAGAAGAAAGAGAAGGAGUCCGUUGAUCCUCACCAGAGUGCCAACGCGGAAGUUUUGCUGAAGGAACCGCAAAGUGUAUCUCCAGUUUCGAACGUAGAAGGAAGCGACGAAAAGUUGUUGCAGAAACUAGCUGUGAAUUCGGAACAAUCACAGGGAGCCAAAGAAAGCGAUAUUGAAGCAAGCACUGGGGAAUCUACCGGGAACAUAGUGAAGGCAGGAAAAGACACGACCGUGCUCGUUGUUUUGUUCGCGGUAGUACUGGCAGUAGGCGGUGCCGCGUUUGCUUACAACUAUGUGAAAAAGCGAAAAUCAGCUAAUAGGGGAACGGGUAAUAACCAAAACCAUUCGUCUUCCAACGGCAAGAGUUCGGACAUCGAGCAAGGCACCGAACUCAAACCGCUCAUGAAAAACACUGAAAUCAAGAAGGAUGUGGUUAAUGAUAAAAGUUAAAUUGUCGAGUGAUUGGUAUCGCGCGUUGUCUUCGUUUCUAAUUCGCCUUUUCGUGUUCCUAAAUUCUAGCGGGUGGGCUACAACCAUCGUAAAAUAAAUAAAUCAAAAACUACAAAUGCAAAAACCGGUUUCAAUUAUGUUUAUCUCUUUAGUUUCCACUAUCGCUUACUAACACUUCGCAAAACGCAAAACGAAGGCUUAAGAUAAUUAUGAAGGGUCAUUAAUUAUUACAAUUUUAAAUAAAAAUUGGAUAGCUUAUUAAAAGCGUUUAAAGUCAAGAACAUGGUCAAAAUAUGAACUAAUUUACACAUAUAUACAGAGAACAACUAAGUGCGCAUUACAUUUUAGUAAUUAUAUGUUCGGAAGGCAUAGAAAUGAUAAAUUUCGAAAAUAAUUUUAUUUUUAGAAGAGUCAGUAUAGUUUUAAAAAUAUUCAGUGGAUAUCUCUUUCAGAAUUUUAAAAAUAUAUAUAUACUGCAUUAAAAAGUACCUUAUAUUUGUACAUAUGAUAAAAAAAAGUGUUAAAAAAAUCUGAAUAUUUAAACAAUUUUUUUUGUUAAUAAUUUAUGUUUAUACCAUAUUUUUUUUACAAAUGGUGUCCUAUUAGGCGCGUUUGUGCCGAAAGGCCUUGUAGAAAUAUAAAAUCAAGGAAUUGAGUCGAAAUGGAUGGAGACACAUAAUAGUAAAAAAGAAAAGAAUGAAAUGAAAACAAAUGCUUUAAAAAAAAAUUAAUGCUGAAAACUGUAAAUAUAAUUUAAUUAUAACUAUUUGUUAUAACCUAUUUUUUAACUGCAACACAUUUUCAUUUAAAUUUGAAACUGCGUCAUUGGUUUUCCCGACUAGAAUCUGUUUAUAAUUUCAAUUACGUCGAUACUAAACGUUUUUUAUUCAUAAAAUCAAUAACACCGGUAAUUGCAAGUGUCGGGUUCCAAUUAGUAGUAUUAACAGCCCCGUCUGAAUUUUAUAAACAUCGUGUAAGCUUUGUAUAAUUAUUGUAUAAUUUGACGCUGUGAUAUCUUGCAGCUAAAAAGGGUGCGAAUGUGUUAUGUCCUUUUAAAUAGAAGUAAAAUAGCGUUUUUGUACUUAGAUAACUUAUUCGAUAAUACAACAA